AAAUCAAUCAGAGCGCUGCAUACCAGCAGCCUAGACAACGGCUACGCAGCGAAGCCAUGGUCCAGAACGUCGCCCGCUGAAUGCUGGAUGCAUGCGUGGGGCUGGCUCUUGCUGGUGGCCGUAUGGGGCAGCCCCACACCGCGGCCGACGCGCCAGCCGACGCCGCGACCGACGCGCCAGCCGACGCCGCGACCGACGCACCAGCCGACGCGCCAGCCGACGGCCGUUCCGAGUCCGCUGCCGUCCGCCGCGCCGACGGCCUGGAACUGCACCGAGGCCGUCGCGCGAGCGACCUGUGGCGCGGACCUCGAGCGCUUUUGCAACGCCACGAACACGACCGAGGCCCGGGCGGGGCUCGCAGCCGCGAGCCGCUGCUCGGACGACGACGGCGACGACGACGCGGCACCGACCGACGCCGACACGUUCGCCACGGCGGCGCUCUGGGUCCUUGGCGGCGUCGUGCUCCUCACCAUUCUCUUCGGCGGCUUUUGUAUCGUGCACGCGGCGCGGCGGCGGGAAGAACGACGCCAGUUCUCGGCCGAGGAGGCGUGCCGCGCGGGCGUCUACUGGACGCCGCGGGGCGACGACGAGGCGCUGCGGAUAGCGAGGUAAUAUUAUAGAUAGCCUA